AUGGAGAUGGUUAUUGAACAGAGGGAAGGUGCAGCCAAAACUGGAAUAGAAGCUUCGAAGGUUGGUGGACAGUGGCGGAGCUGGUGUAUAGUUGACGGAGGUUGUGACAUGGAGAUGAAAUUGAACGAAGGUUUCUCGGUGGGUCUGUGCGCGAAACAGAAGAAGUUGGGUCAGAGAAUGAAGGGCGAACAAAGGGUGGUUUUCAUGGAGAAGAGCUGGUGGUUGGUUGGUCUGAGCAAAGGAGAUGGUGGUUGGGAAGUGGUUGUUAUGUUGAACGGAGUGGAAGCAGUAACGUGCAUAUUGGUGUUUAGAGCUCAGAUGUAG